AUGGCUCUCAACCACAGCAGCUUUGACCCCGUCACCUUCGUCCUGACGGGCAUCCCGGGCAUGGAGGAAUCCCACGUCUGGAUCUCCGUCCCCUUCUGCCUGAUGUAUGCCGUGGCGCUCACGGGGAAUUCCUUCCUCCUGUUUCUCAUUGCCACAGACCGCAGCCUCCACCAGCCCAUGUGCCUCCUACUAGCGCUGCUCUCCGUGGCUGACCUCAUGCUGUCCACAGCCACCGUGCCGGAAAUGCUGGCCAUCUUCUGGUUUGGAUCCAGGAAGGUCUCCUUCGACGCCUGCAUCGCUCAAAUGUUCUUCACGCACUUCAGCUUCAUCGCCGAGUCGACCAUCCUGCUGGCCAUGGCCUUUGACCGCUACGUCGCCAUCUGCGACCCUCUGCGCUACCUGGCAGUCCUGACUCCCGCCACGAUCGGAAAGGUGGCUGUGGCGGCGGUGCUGAGGGGGCUGGGCAUCAUGUUCCCGACCAUCUUCCUCCUCAAGAGGCUGCCCUACUGUGGCCACAGCACCAUGCACCACACGUAUUGCGAGCACAUGGGCAUCGCUCGGCUGGCCUGUGCAGACAUCACAGCCAACAUCUGGUACGGAUUCACCACCACCCUCCUGUCCUCCGGACUGGACGCCGUGCUCAUCAGCCUGUCCUACGCCGUCAUCCUUCGAGCCGUCUUCCGGCUCCCGUCCAAGGAGGCCCGCCUGAAGGCUCUCCGCACCUGUGGCUCCCACCUGUGCGUCAUCCUGAUGUUCUACCUGCCCGCCUUCUUCUCCUUCCUCACCCAUCGCUUUAUCCACAACAUUCCCAGCUGCAUCCACAUCCUCUUGGCUAACCUCUAUGUCAUUGUGCCCCCCAUGCUCAACCCCAUUGUGUAUGGGGUGAGAACAAGACAGAUCUGGGAGCGAGUCACCCAUAUGUUCUCAAAGGUGGGGGGCACCUGCCGCUGA